UUUAGGUAAGCUACUCGUAUGUCCUUCCUGUGCUCGAGCAAUCCGACGUCUUGUUUAUCGACGUAUAUGAAUUCUAUGAUUGUGAUCGACGACACGUACUACUCGCUAGUGGUAGUAGCAGUGCACUUGGUGUUUGGUCGAAUUUUUCACGGAAAUUUGAUAAGAUGUCGAUCAAAUUCUAUGCAAAAUCACUCUUGCUAUUUAUUAUUGUUGGCCUUGUUGUUGGUGCUGAAAAUUACAUAGAUUAUGAAGAUGAAGUAGCAGAAAAAACGCCAGUUGAAAAUAUUCACGAGCUUUACAGAAUUCUGAUGCAACGUAGCGCUCUAGAGAAUGCCGGACUUGGCGAGACACCACUAGAACAUUUGAUGAUCCGUAAAUCUCAACGAUCGCCUUCGUUACGUUUACGUUUUGGACGUUCGGAUCCUCGUUCGUCCGUCGGAAUUCUACCAAAACCUAUAAGCGUUAUUUCAUCGAGAUUCGACAACAAGUGAACACGGAUAUGAAUAACAUUCUUCAGUUUCUCUUACCAUAUAUAUAUAUAUAUAAAAAUCGUACAGAGUGUACAACGUACAUCUAAUUAUAUUGUAACAUUACACGAUCUGCUAGAAAAUAGAAAUUAUUUUUAUUCUUCUUCUUUUAUUCUUUUUAAACACGAUGAGAAACUGAAAACAUCAUCCAUAAUUGAAAUAUUUUCCAUACUAAAUAUUAUAUUUUUGAUGGUUCGUUAUGUAAAGUUAAUUUUUGCUUUGAUUGUAAGCGGUAUAAAUAUAUAGUAGAGGGUGUAGUGUUCGAAAAGAAAAUCGACAUUUGAAAUUACUAAUAAAAGGGACACAAGAGAAA